AUGGACCGACCACCCUCGCAACAGGAGAACACGCGACCGAGCGGACUCAAACAGCCAUCGCGUCUGCCGGCCAUCGCGAACGGCGGAAGGACGCUACUUCACGAGACGAGCCAGAGUGACCUCAAUGCGAAGAACACAUCCGGCGCGGGCUUGAUGGGACCACCACCGGCGGUGUCGGCGGGCAGCAUGAAACACAAGAUCCCAGGACUGCCAGAGCCCCCGACGAAGCGUAAGACACUCGCUGAGCGCGCUGGCGAGCCCAUAAACCCGCCACGCUCACACAUGCCUCAACCCGCAAAAACGAGCUACGCGAAGUCAGAGGCCAUCUACCAAACCGCUGGCGCUGGACGUCAACUGCCAUUCAUGGGAAACUCCUUCAGCACCACCGGAUACCGAAACACUUCCAACGCUUCCACGACAAGUUCUUCGAGCGGCAUUCGACCUGCGAGCCGGCAAAACAUCGCACGACCACGAGCGACGGACCCUCAUGCUGUGUUGGAGGAGACAGAAGAGGCAGCGGGAGUCAUGGGCAAGCGAAAAGGUACACCAGUUCUAUCUUUCAACCCUGCAAGCAGCAUCACCAUCCGGAAAACUCGCACUGCCCAGGACCUGCGCAGCCCACAGCAUCAGCACCAGCCACGUCCGGACAUGAGAGCAGCGUCUCAACACUCUGCCUCUUACAUCCGGUCAUUGUUGUCUUCGACAUGCAGUGGUAGCAACAGCAGCAGCAGAUCCAACAGCGGCAGGAGUACUCCGGACCAUCAACGCAACACUUCAACCUCGUCAUCAGAGCCGUCUUCCUUCCAACAGGAGGACAGCACAACACCCAAAGCCACCAGCACCCGCAACACCUCCCUCAUCACUGCAUUUGCCGAUCUCUCCAUCACACCAAAACCCAAAGCACUGCCCCCACACUACUCUGGCAAGCUGUCGGUUCAGCGACCCUCAGCAAGCAAACACCGCCCUUCGCUCUCCCCUGUCAAAGAGUCAACCAAGGAAUCCCCUUCUAAAAUCCCCAAAUUCUCCUGCACCCCUCUCCUUCGCCACGCACAAUCAUCGCAAGCUCUCGUUACACCCCUCAAAUCGAAAUACUCGACCAACGGGUUCAGGUCGCCCGCCCCGAGUAUCUCGAAGCGAGGAUAUCCCCCUUCAACUGCUGCUGCACGGGAUGCAUCAUGGGACACCAAAGGUCGGCUCGAGGACAUGGAGUCCAUGUACACGCGACUCCGCGGCGACCUCGCCAAUGCGGCGGAUUCCAAGCGCGGUCUUGAGGAGGCUAUGGAGCUGUACAAAAGUAGAGUGCAAGAGCUCACCUCUGCGAACAAGGAGAUGACAACGAGUAACAAGCAUCUGACGAGCGACUUGGAGCGAGCAAGAAGCGACCUCCACGCGACGACGACCGAUCUGCGACAAGCGAGGCGAGACCAUGAGCGGGAUAUGCAAGAUCUUGAGCGCAAGCAUGAGCGUGAUUUGAGCGAGCUGUACGCGAAACAAGAGAGGGAGUCGCAGCAGCUGCAUCGCGAGCUGGAGAAGAUUGCGGAACAAGGGGAGAAGGAUUUAGAAGUGGCGAAGAGGGAGUGGGAGAAGAGGAAGGAUGACGAGACGGCGGAUAUGACGACGCGGCAUUGGGAUGAGAUUGAAGAGCUGAACGUCAGUCAUCGGAAAGAGGUCGAGCGGUUGGAGAAGGAGAUCGAGCAGCUGAAGAAGGCGGGAGAAAGCAGAGCGAGUGAGAGUGCUGGCGAGGUACAGGAGCUGCGCGAUAAGCUGAACACGCUCGAAUCGCAUAUUGAAAGCGCGGAGGCCACAUCCAAGGCGAUGGAAGCGCAGAUUACAGCGGCGGAGGCGAGAAGUGCAGCACUGGAGCAAGAGAAGGCGGCGUUAAUCUCGAAGACGCACUUUCUGGAAGGCAAUCAGGAGGCUCAGAGCCAUGAGUUCACGACCAUGCGGGAUCAGCUGUCUGCUGCGAAGGCAUCUGAGGAAGCCGUGCUCGUCCAGCUGCGGAGGGAAGAGAUGGCGAGGCGGAGGCUCAACGCUCAGAUCCUGGAACUGAAGGGCAACAUCCGGGUGUUUGUGCGGACACGACCACUGCUUGCCGCCGAAGCUGAAGAAGCCGAGCCCGCGAAAGUUGAAUACCCUGAUCUUGACAGCCUGGACGGCGGAAAGGAGAUGGUUGUGCAAGGACCCAAGCAGCAGACUGCCACUGGCAAGGAACGGGUGGAGAAGCACAACUAUGCUUUCGACCGCGUGUUCAGUCCAUCCACUGCCAACACAGAGGUCUUUGCGGAAUGCCGGGAGCUAAUCCAGAGCGUGGUCGAUGGCUACAACGUCAGCAUUCUAUCGUAUGGCCAGACGGGAAGCGGAAAGACGUACGGCAUGUCUGGUCCGGAAGGCAUCAUCCCAAGCUCAAUAGCGCUGCUACUGGAAGAGAUGCGGAGGCUGAAAGCGAAAGGGUGGAAAUACACUGUCGAUGCUGCUUUUGUGGAAGUGUACAACGAGACCCUGAACGACCUUCUCGGCGAUGCAAAGACCUGGGAUGAGACUGGCGCUGAGGAUCUUGGUGCCAGCACAAGAGCCAGCGCGAAGAAGAGGGAGAAGCAUGAGAUCCACCACGACCCCGUCACCGGCAAGACGACAGUCACAAACCUCAGCUCUGUCCCGCUAUGGCCACCUCCCACCUCUUCCGUCACAGACGACGAAUCGAGCACGAUCUCCUACACCGAACGCGCCGUCACCAAUCUCCUCGACACCGCAGCCAAAAACCGCCGCGUCGCCGCCACAAAAUCGAACGAGCGCUCAUCCCGCUCCCACUCGAUCUUCAUGCUUACUCUAAAGGGCUCCUGCGCAGCGACCAACGAAGCGUCAGAAGGCGUGCUCAACCUCGUCGACCUGGCAGGAAGCGAGCGUCUCAAGCAAUCCGGCGCAGCGGGCAACCAGCUCAAGGAGACGCAAGCGAUUAACAAAUCCCUCUCCUCCCUCGGCGACGUGAUAGCGUCGCUCGGUAGCAAGAAGGGGGAUGAGAGUCAUGUUCCUUAUCGGAAUAGUAAGUUGACGUAUCUUCUCCAGUCGUCGUUGGGAGGCACGGCGGCGAACGGCAAGAGCAGUCGUACCCUGAUGCUGCUGCAUUUGAGCCCGUUGCUGGCGCAUUGGCAGGAGAGUCGGAGUAGUUUGGUGUUUGGGAAUAAGGUGCAUGGGACGCAUAUUGGGGCGGCGAAGAAGCGGUAG